AAUGGCGAAAGUUCGGGCCAUUCAGGCUGGCGGCACCUACCCCUUCGACCCUGCGAAGCCGUGGGGCUGGGUGUUCUGCGAGGCCGCUCGGGGUGCCCAGGUAUGGAGGGAGGAUCUGGAGGAGAAGGCAGUGCUGCUGCUGAACAGGACCACGAAUCCCGCGGACGCGGUGGAGGGUGGCGCAUUCACCAGCCAGCACCAGCCCCUACCAGCGAGGCGGGCGCGUGUCUUCGAGAUCGUGCCCGCCAGCCCUCCUCGCGAGUUUCACGCCGCGGUUUCCAGCGCCAGCGUCGACGGGCUCACGACGAACCGCCGCCGCGAAUUGGAGCUCUGCCAGCCCUUCCAGAGAGGGGCGUGCAGCUGCUGGACCAGAUGGCCCGUGCCCGAGGAACCGGCACCUUCGGCAUCGGUGCGCUCGUUGCCUCCUCCUCGGGUACCGUCUGCACUCAGAGCGUGAAUUACCUACCCCGCUUUCUCUUCCAGGCAAAACCAAGUCAUGCCACGCGCCUCCUCGUCAAGCGGCCUGACUAGUACUGGCCGUAGUUUGGCAUCGUUUGGUAUCUCUUGGAAGCGAGGGUGGUCAAAAGUGAGGUUUGUUUGUUUUCCCCCUGUGCGCGUGCGCCCGUCCACCGUGACCUUCCAAGACAUGAUGCGCAGGGGCAAGCAGGGUGCAGAACUGCACGGCAUCCCGGGGCUGGCACACAAAGACAAAGA